AAGAGAAGGAAAGCUCAUAAAAGUUUAUAACUCUCUAAAAAGUGAAGAAUUCCAGGCUUGACUGAUCCACCCCAUCCUGACAUCCGUUAUCUAUUGGUGUGAACCCAGAUGAGCUGCUUUCUCGUUACUCCUCAGUCAGAUACACCUACAGAGUUUCUGUAAUAGGAACUUGAGAGUCAGGAAGAAGUUGCUUGUACGGUGUCUGCUGAAAUAGAAGAUUCCGAAAAAGCCCUUUCUGGAGGAGGCACAGAUUGAGUCUGAAGGAUUUCCAAGAUGACCAAGAUCCCAGCCACCAAGAAGACACAGAGUUCCCCCUUCUUGGGGGUCCUCUGGCCUUUGCACGCCUCAGAUCAACUAACUCAGGUCUUAGACAAGCCAAUGAAGAGUAUCAAGUAUAUGGACAAGGAAAUAAUAAACCUCAAAAAAGAUCUUGUUCGGAGCCGCAUCAUGAUUCAGUCGGUGAAGAUAGGCCGCGGAUAUUUCACCAUGCUGAAGGAGGAGAGUGCACGGAAAAAACGACAACAGCAACUUCAGAAGCUGCAAGAAGAAGAAAGGCACAAAUUCCAACCAGCCAAAAUGCUGUCUGAAGCCCAAUACAGGAGUAAUCUUCUGAGCACGUACGAUGACAAGAUGAAGAAGGGAGACAUCUUCCGCCCCUUCACCCCAGUGCACAGCUGCAUCAUGUCCUCCCUGCUACCUGAGGCCCAUGUGGAGCCCCUGUUCCGCCAGCUCUGCGCGCUCCACUGGCUCCUGGAGGCGCUCACUAUCGACCACACGCACCACACCAUGAAGCCGGUGAUCACCUGCUGGAAUCCAAAGGACCCGGGUGGAAGCAAGAACACAAUUAAAAAAAUCAAUAAGGACAAGUCCAUGGGCCAGCGAUGGGAGCAUUUCCUCACGGCGCCAAAGACCAAGAAAUUCAAAAUUCCCAUGCCACGAGCCACCAGCCGCAAACUCAGCCGGAGAGGGUCAACGCUCAGUCUGUCUCGGACCAGUGGGGGAUCAUCCCCCCAGAGCAGCAUGAUCUCUGUGAACCCCGGUUCAGACGAGCCUCAGAGUGUGAUCACCCAGGUGACGGUGGGCAACAGGGACAUCGAGGACAAUGAAUCAUCUUCGACCAAGCCAGAUGAAGAGCCGCUCCACAUCAAUCUGCAGAAGCUUCUGGAGCUGGUUCGGGAAGAUGCCCGGAAGACAGUGACCGUGGAAAGCGAGAUGCAAAAAAAAGCUCCCAGCUUCUUAUCAAUGCUCAAACAAAACAAGAGCGACUCUACCCACAAAGACAUGCAGACCACCCGCAAGUCAAGUGAAAGGUCCAGCAGUACAAGUGGAGACAGCCACUCCCAGCUAAUCCAGAAGAAGUCUAAAAGUCGCAGCAACCGUGACAUCAUCUACUCCAAGAAUGCAGUGUGUAGCACCAUGAGGGCCAAGUUUUACAGCGUGGCCCAGGAGGCUGGCUUCUGUCUGCAAGACAAGAUGGAAAUCCUUAUGAAGCGCCAAGAAGAGAGAGGUCUCCAGAAGUUCCAUUCUUUUUUCCUUGUCUCAAAUUUUCAAAAGGAUAUGGCAAAGAUGAGGCAUCAAGUCCCCAUGGUAAAAGGAGAUGCGCAAGAAAUUGCAGACCACUGGUACUUUGAUCUUCUGUCUAAACUCCCAGAGGACCUGAAGAAUUUCCGCCCUGCCAAAAAGAUCCUGGUAAAACUGCAGAAGUUCGGGGAAAACCUGGAUCUGAGAAUCCGGCCCCAUGUCUUCCUGAAGGUGCUACAAGACCUGAGAAUCUGGGAACUGUGCUCUCCGGAAAUUGCAGUGGCUAUUGAGUUUGUCCGCGAACACAUCAUCCACAUGUCUCGGGAGGAUUAUGUCAGCUGGCUGCAAAGCAGGAUCAGCAUCCCCCUCCAGCCUCACAGCGUCCAGAUAUAGCUGGGCCCACGGCAACCAUCUCCUGGGGGAGGAGGACAAGGUCAUGCUGUGUUCCUGCCUCCUGCCUACUCUGAGGAAUACCCAGCAUGACAUGACAGCAUCAUCUGGAGAACAUCUUCUGCCAAUAUUCCAGAGGUGGAAACUCCCCUCAAACCUCACACCCCAACCCCAGUCUCUGUUCCUUAUUGGUCCAACCUUUAUCCUUUAUCCUUUCCCAGAUUUUUACCCUAUUUUUCU